CUUUUCCUCUCACCUUCGGACUACAUUCACCCGGUCGCUUCUUUUAUUUUUUUGCCUUUCAACAUACGAACCGUCUCUGGAAUCGUUUGAGCUCAUUGCAGAUAUCGACAUUCCAGACAAACGAGUGGAGAACAUUUGGUCAAUCUUCAACAUUCCCCGCUUUCCUUCUUAUCUGUGCUUAGUAAAAUAACUGCCGGUCACCCAUCAUGCCCCGCUCUGUCCAUCAACCUCUCUUAUUUGAAUGUGCCUGGGAGGUAGCCAACAAAGUUGGUGGUAUCUACACUGUUAUCAAGACCAAAGUCCCCGUGACAGUCAAAGAAUAUGGAGACAGAUACUGUCUUAUCGGACCUUUGUCUUACAAGACUGCACCUAUGGAGGUGGAAUCUGAAGAGCCCGAACCAGGGACUAUAUUCGCAGAUACCCUGGCUGCCAUGCGUGAAAGAGGGGUCAACAUGAUCUACGGCAGAUGGCUUAUCGAAGGAGCACCCCGAGUUCUACUCUUUGACACUGGAAGUUGCUACAAUAGGAUGGACGAAUGGAAGACCGAUUUAUGGAAUCUCGCUGGAAUUCCAAGUCCUCCCAAUGAUCACGAAACCAACGAAUCGAUCGUCUUCGGAUAUCUCGUGGCUUGGUUUCUUGGAGAGUUUUCCUCUCGCGAAACCAAUACAGCAAUCAUCGCUCAUUUCCACGAGUGGCAAGCGGGUGUCGCUAUCCCUCUUUGCAGAAAGAGACAUAUCGACGUCACUACCAUUUUCACAACCCAUGCGACGUUGUUGGGUCGAUACUUGUGUGCUGGUAGUGUUGACUUCUACAAUAAUCUGCAAUACUUUGAUGUGGAUCAUGAAGCUGGUAAGAGAGGGAUCUACCAUAGGUACUGUAUUGAGCGAUCUGCGGCACAUUGCUCAGAUGUCUUCACCACGGUGUCCCACAUCACAGCUUUUGAGAGCGAGCAUCUGUUGAAGCGUAAACCUGACGGUGUUCUGCCUAACGGACUUAACGUUGUCAAAUUUGCAGCCAUGCACGAAUUCCAAAAUCUCCACGUCCAAUCCAAAGAGAAGAUCAACGAUUUCAUCCGGGGCCAUUUCUACGGAUACUACGACUUCGACUUGGAUAAUACACUUUACUUGUUCACCGCUGGUCGUUACGAGUUCCGCAAUAAGGGUGUCGACAUGUUCAUCGAAGCUCUUGCCCGUCUGAAUCAUCGUCUGCAAGCGAUGAAAUCAAACAUGACUGUAGUGGCAUUCAUCAUCAUGCCUGCCGCUACCAACUCUUACACCAUUGAAGCCCUAAAGGGUCAAGCGGUGACACAACAACUUCGAGAAACGGUUGCUCAGGUAACUGCAAAAGUCGGUAAACGGCUAUUCGAGCAUGCCGCCAGGUACACCGGCGAGCAUGGAACAGAGGUACUUCCCGCUGAUCAACUACUAUCUAGCGAAGACAAGAUAUUACUCAAACGUCGUGUCUUCGCUCUAAAACGCAACUCUCUUCCUCCUGUCGUAACACACAACAUGGCAGAUGACGCGGGUGAUCCCAUCCUCAGUCAAAUCCGCCGAGUUCAGUUGUUCAACCGGCCCACCGAUCGUGUCAAGAUCAUCUUCCAUCCCGAGUUCUUAAACUCCAACAACCCUAUUCUGGGUUUAGACUACGAAGAGUUCGUGCGGGGAUGUCAUCUGGGUGUCUUCCCGUCGUACUAUGAACCUUUCGGCUAUACCCCAGCGGAAUGUACGGUCAUGGGAAUUCCUAAUGUCACGACCAACUUGUCUGGGUUUGGUUGUUUCAUGGAAGAUUUACUGGAAACUCCUGAGGAUUAUGGGUGUUACAUUGUUGAUCGACGUGGUCAGGGUGUGGAGGAGUCGGUAGCUCAGUUGACUAACCAACUCGUCGCAUUCGCCAACAAAACCCGUCGUCAACGUAUCAAUCAACGUAACCGUACCGAGCGUCUGUCAGAGUUGCUCGACUGGAAAGCUCUAGGCAUGGAAUACGUCAAAGCUCGUCAGUUGGCUAUGCGCCGCGCUUACCCAGACUCGUUCGAUGAUGAGGAACCUGACUUUAGUGGGAUCCAGAGGGUCGGGGCACCGUUGUCGGCACCUGGUAGUCCGAAGUUCAGAACGGGUAUGAUGACGCCUGGAGACUAUGCGACGUUGACUGAGGAGAUGGAACAUUUGGGAACGCAGGAUUAUAUGGGGGGUAAGGAAUGGCGAGGUGUAACCGACGACGACGACGAGAACCAUUACCCGUUUCCACUGGUCAUGAAACCUCGUCACCGAUCCGACUCUCUGGGCUCUGCCAUUUCAGGCACUCAGACACCUCAUGGUGGACGCAAACUGAGCGAGAAGGACUUGGCCCAAGCCGAUGCGGCGUUGAGCCAUGUGAACGGAAAUGGUAACGGUGUAAACGGUCACUAGGUAUUUGACACUUGUGCGAUGCUGUAUGGCACUUGAGUCGAUGUGACAAUAACAUGGACUGGAAAGAUGAGAUGAGUUGCAUGCCAGAGAGACAAUUGAAUAUUUAUGCCAUGAUUUACUUUACUCGUAGUUUCUGUCGACGAAUGAAUGUGCUCGGUUAUCAAG